AUGAGACAAAGAAACGAUAAUAAUCAAUAUGGCCAACAAGGCCAACAACAACAACAGCAACAACAAGGUAAUAAGUAUAGAGAUCAUAGAGAUGGAUUUGUUUCAAACCUACCCUUUGUCAGAAGUAUACCUAUCCCUACAAAUCCAUGGGCAAGACUACUAUUCAGUAUAGCAUUGGACAUUGCCGGUGUAUUCUCACAGAUCAUCCCAGUGUUUGGAGUCGCCAUGUUCCCAGCAAUAAGCUCGUACCUCAUCUACAGGUUAUACGGCAGUACAUUCGGAGUCAUCCUAGCAUUUGUAGAAGAGACUAUACCUGGCCUUGGAUUCAUCCCGACUGCAACACUGUGUUGGUUGAAUGAGCGAUAUGACUUGAUGACCUGGGCAAACCAGAAUGUACCAAUGUUUAGACAGGCAUCAUCGGUUUUCUCAAUGGUCAAGAGUGUCUGGUCCUAUGUCAAAGUUGGUCUGAUUGCUGCCGCAUGUUUCAUUGGUUAUCGAUUGGUAUCAUGGCUUGGAUUCGGUGGUAUUGGAGGUGGAGGUGGAGGCACGUAUCCAUCAUCAACUGUGCCACCAGAUUAA